CGUCGGCCGCGCCCCUGCGCGCGGGACCCGCUCUUGAACUCCGCGGCGCGCGCCCGGGGUCCACCUUGCGCCCGCCCCGCGCGCAGCCGAGGAGCAGCUGCCGGGAAACCCUAUGAACUCUCCAGAAAGGGCGUGACGAAGGGUCCUGCGGGGCGCGGUCCCGGCCGCCCGGGUCCCCCUUCCGUAGAGCUCACGGGCGGCAGAGCAGAGGAGCGGUGGAGGAUGAGCGAGCAGCCUCUGGGGACCUCCGCGCGGUAAUGCCAGCAUGAUGGUUGGUGCACGGGGGAUGAGGUGCUGCCAUUGGAGAUGGAAGCCCAGUGCCCUUCUGCUCCUGUGUGCUGUGUGGAGUGUUUGUAUUCCUCGCUCAGCAGUGUGGGGAUGUGGCAACUGCAGAACUGUCCUGUCCAAUCCUUCUGGAACCUUUACUUCUCCGUGCUACCCCAACGACUACCCCAACACCCAGUCUUGCUCAUGGACCCUGCGAGCCCCUACCGGCUACAUCAUUCAGAUAACGUUUAAUGACUUCGACAUUGAAGAAGCUCCCAAUUGCAUCUAUGACUCACUGUCUCUUGAUAACGGAGAGAGCCAGACAAAAUUUUGUGGAGCCACUGCCAAAGGCCUGUCAUUUAACUCAACUGUGAAUGAGAUGCAUGUGUCUUUUUCAAGUGACUUUAGCAUCCAGAAGAAAGGUUUCAACGCCAGCUACAUCAGAGUUGCUGUGUCCUUACGGAAUCAAAAGGUCAUUUUGCCCCAGACACUAGACGCUUACCAGGUAUCAGUUGCCAAAAGUGUCUCCAUUCCUGAGCUCAGUGCUUUCACACUCUGCUUCGAAGUCUCCAAAGUUGGCAAUGAGGAUGGUGACUGGAUAGCGUUCUCCUACUCAGACGAGUCCCUCAGGCAGUCGCUCAGUUUUGAAAAGGCCAACCAUGAUUACUUCCUAUCCAUUUCUGGCUCAAGAUGCUUGCUGAACAGUGCAUUGCCCGUGAGGGAAAAUGAAGAGAUCUUCACAGAAAGCUUUGAGCAGCUCUGUCUUGUGUGGAACAAUACUUUGGGCUCUGUUGGUGUAAAUUUCAAAAAGAACUAUGAAACAGUCCUGUGCGAUGCCACCAUGAGUACGGUCAUACCUGGGGAUGGGGCAUUACUGUUGGGCUCUGAUAGAGACGAAAUUGCCUCUCUGAAGGGCAGCAUCUAUAACUUUCGACUUUGGAAUUUUACCAUGGAUUCGAGAGUCCUCGCCAACCUCAGCUGUAGUGUGCCCGGGAAUGUUGUAGACUGGCACAAUGACUUUUGGAGCAUCUCAACCCAGGCUCUCAAAGCUGAGACCAACCUGAGCUGUGGUUCCUACCUGAUCCCGCUCCCCGCAGCUGAGCUGACGAACUGUUCGGAUCUGGGUACUCUCUGUCAAGCUACUGUAAACCCUCCUAGCACUACACCACCCACAGUCACCACUAACAUCCCUGUUACUAACAGAAUCCAUAAACAAAAGAAUGACGGAAUACUGUAUAGAAUAUCUGUUGUGAUUCACAACGACCUUAAUCACCCUGAAGUAAAAGUACAGAGCAAGGUAGCAGAAUGGCUCAAUUCAACCUUCCAGAAUUGGAACUACACAGUUUAUGUGGUUAACAUAAGUUUUCAUCAAAGCACAGGAGAGGACAGGAUUAAAGUCAAGAGAGACACCAUGGAUGAUGACAAAAGGUUGGUUCUGUGGGCUCUUCUCGUCUACAAUGCCACCAAUAAUGACAACCUGGAAGGAACAAUGAUUAAAGAGAGGAUUCUAGGAAACAAUGCAUCGCUAGAGCUUGGCAUGAGGCUGUGCAAAGUCGAUGUGAAGCAGCUGGGUAUAUGUAGUGCCUUAGAGGAUCCAGAGGGCUUUACCUGGCCAGCCACCUCCCCUUCUGUCUACAAACAACCAUGUCCAAACAAGCCUGGCUAUUUUAUGAUGCGGACAUGCCUUUCUAAUGGGACAUCACCCUACUGGAGCCCCAUUGAUGCCUCCAACUGCUCAAGACAGUCAAGUGAAAUGGCCAAUGCGAUAUUAAAUUUAACUGGCGAUGGGCAGAAUCUAACCUCAGCCAAUAUUAGCAACAUCGUAGAACAGGUCAAAAAGAUCGUGAACAAAGAAGAAAACAUUGAUAUAGCACUUGGCUCCACUCUAAUGAAUAUAUUCUCUAAUAUCUUAAGCAGUUCUGAUAGUGAUUUACGGGAGUCGUCUUCAGAAGCUCUAAAAACAAUUGAUGAGCUAGCCUUCAAAAUAGACCUGAAUAGCACACCACGCGUGAAUAUUGCGACACAGAAUUUGGCUCUCGGAGUAUCAUCCCUGAUGCCAGGGACAGAUGCACCUUCAAAUUUUAGCAUUGGCCUUCCAAGCAAUAAUGAAUCCUAUUUCCAGAUGGACUUUGAGAAUGGACAGGCAGAUCCUUUGGCAUCUGUGAUUUUGCCUCCAAACUUGCUUGAGAAUUUAAGUCAAGAAGAUUCUGCAUUAGUCAGAAGAGCACAGUUUACUUUCUUCAACAAAACAGGACUUUUCCAGGAUGUUGGAUCUCAAAGAAAAAUCCUAGUGAGUUAUGUGAUGGCUUGCAGCAUUGGAAACAUUACUAUCCAAAAUCUGAAAGAUCCAGUUCAAAUCAAAAUCAAACAUACCAGAACUCAGGAAGUGUAUCGUCCCAUCUGUGCCUUCUGGGAUCUGAACAAAAAUAAAAGUUUUGGAGGAUGGAACACCUCAGGAUGUGUUGCCCACUCAGAUUCAGAUGCUGGUGAGACCAUCUGCCUGUGUAGCCACUUUACUCACUUUGGAGUCCUCAUGGAUCUUCCAAGGAGUGCCUCACAAAUAGAUGGAAGAAACACAAAAGUUCUCACUUUCAUCACCUAUAUUGGGUGUGGAAUAUCUGCUAUUUUCUCAGCAGCAACUCUCCUAACAUAUGUUGCUUUUGAGAAACUGCGCAGGGACUAUCCCUCCAAAAUCCUGAUGAACCUGAGCUCAGCCCUGCUUUUCCUGAAUCUCAUCUUCCUCCUGGACGGCUGGAUCACGUCCUUUGAUGUGGCUGGCCUCUGUACGGCUGUGGCUGCUCUACUGCACUUCUUCCUCCUGGCGACCUUCACCUGGAUGGGGCUGGAGGCCAUCCACAUGUACAUUGCCCUUGUCAAAGUGUUUAACACUUACAUCCACCGGUAUAUUCUCAAAUUCUGCAUCAUUGGCUGGGGUCUGCCUGCCUUGGUGGUGUCAAUUAUUCUGGCGAGCAGAAAACAAAAUGAAGUCUAUGGAAAAGAAAGUUAUGGGAAAGAACAGGAUGAUGAAUUCUGCUGGAUUCAGGAUGCCGUGGUGUUUUAUGUGAGCUGUGCCGGGUACUUUGGAGUCAUGUUCUUCCUGAAUGUUGCCAUGUUCAUUGUGGUCAUGGUACAGAUCUGCGGAAGGAAUGGGAAGAGAAGCAACCGGACCCUGAGAGAAGAGGUUUUAAGGAACCUGCGCAGUGUGGUCAGCCUGACCUUCCUGCUGGGCAUGACGUGGGGUUUUGCUUUCUUUGCCUGGGGACCCUUAAAUAUCCCUUUCAUGUACCUCUUCUCCAUCUUCAAUUCUUUACAAGGUUUAUUUAUAUUUAUCUUCCACUGUGCAAUGAAGGAGAAUGUUCAGAAACAGUGGAGGCGUCAUCUCUGCUGUGGCAGGUUCCGGCUAGCAGACAACUCGGAUUGGAGCAAGACAGCUACCAAUAUUAUCAAGAAGAGCUCUGAUAACCUGGGGAAAUCUUUAUCUUCAAGUUCCAUUGGCUCCAAUUCAACAUAUCUCACAUCCAAAUCCAAAUCCAGUUCCACCACCUAUUUCAAAAGAAACAGCCACUCGGACAGCACAUCCACGGACAAGUCCUCGUCAAAACUGACCCAUGCUGGUGGAGAGCAGACGUCAAUCAUCCCUGUCCAUCAGGUUAUUGAUAAGGUCAAAGGUUACUGUAAUGCCCAUUCCGAUAACUUCUAUAAAAAUAUUAUCCUGUCAGAUACGUUCAGCCACAGUACAAAGUUUUAAUGUCAUUGAUAUGAGGGGGAAAAAAAGAAAGAAAAAAGAAAACCUUUCUGGAGAAGUGGGAAACCCUACAAGCAGCAAAAACUCCAUCCAGAGGAAGUCAGUGUGCUGUUCCCUAGGUAACUACAGAGAAUCUAGGACUGGAUGUUGUUAGGGAAGCUUUUGUGAAAUGCAGAAUUCAUCUUCUCAGAAUAUUUCUUCCGUGGACAAGCUGAGAACACUCUGAACACGCACUUUUCAGAAUGAGUAGUGGAAUCAAACUCAUCAGAAUUUGAGGGAAAAGCAUUAAAAUUAGAGGACACAAGAGGAAGAAACUCAAGAGCGAUUCUAGUUUAGAUCUCAUCUACCCCAUCUCAUAUGUGGCCUGACUUUCAUAAAGACUACAUAGAAAACACACUAAUGUUUGUAGUGAUGUUGGACACUGCCGGGUUCUGUUCCAGUGCUGUUUUCUAUGAAUAUAGCAGCAUCUUGUUCUUGUUCAGUGAAAUGUCAACCGUAAGUGGAAGAGAUGUUUACUAUUUGACCCACAUAAUAUUAAAUGUGCUUUUUUUCCUGUUAUGUCAAAUAUUUAACUUUCAUGAACAUACCUUGCUAAAAAAAGUAUUUCGGAAAUUUGACCCAGUUAAUAUAUUGUAUACAUGUCUAAUAUCUCAAGACGUACACCUUAAGGAUCACCAUCAUCCCAUGCACGUGAAUCCAGCUGAAUGUGGACUUUGCAUUAAAGCGGGCUUCCAGGAAGUUAAGAACAAACUUGGUGCACACCUCCCCCACUUGACCCCCAUCCCCCUUCACUGUGCAUUGGGCUCACAGGCCCAGGAGAGGAAUGCAAUGGCCUCUCCCCAUUUAAAGACCACCGCUUUUGAGUCUAUCCCUGGUUUAAUGAUUUUAAGACAUUUCAGAUCAUAUAAACUUCAGAGACCUCUGACUUCCCCUGGUGAUCAUCUUACUCCAAGGACCAUUAACUGACUCAGUUAAUCAAUAAUUUAUAAAUAUGUCAGUCUACAACUGCUAGUCUUAAAACUAUUUGCACUGAGCCCUCCAGUCAGAGUGUGUAAGAGCCUAAAGAGGGCUGGCAGAUACACUACUCUAUGGUGUGAUAUUUACGAAUCAGACUGCAGCAUGCAAGUCAUGCAUAGCAUUAAGCAGCUUACCUAACUCCUACAUGACCCUAAACAACGUGUGCUUGCUAAUGAGGGUAUAGGUUGUUUUCAAGUGGUGGAAUCCUAUCCACUGGCCUCAGUACAUGCUGGCUUUAGCCUUGCUCGGGGUUCUCUGGGAAGUUCCAGAUUUGGCAGGCCAGUAGCAUAGUGAGAACAAGGAAAGAGAUUGCAACAGAGCCAGUCAGAAGGCAGAGGCCAGACCUGAACCUCUGUGCAGAAAGCAGAUCAUUCUCAGCUAAGAUAGAGGAAACUUGCAGGCUUUGCAAGCUGAAGGGUCCUCUAGUCUCACAGAGUGUCAAUCAUAAAGCCGUUUGCCAGGCUGCAAAAGAUGUUGCUAGAAUGUGGUGGUGGGAUAUUGUUGCUGUUCCGUUUUGUAACAGGCUGGACUGCCAUGGUGGUGGACAUGAACUUUGCUAGGCCUGGUUUUCACAGAGGAGGAGGCCAUUCAGGACAAAGGGAUAGGAAAUCUUAAGGUCACUAUGAUUCACUUCAGUAGAGCCAAUCCUUUCCUUGGGCUUAUACUAGCAGGCUGCUCAGUGUGCCAGAGGAUACAUGUAGUAAAAUUUAAGUCACUAAAUAUUCACAUAUCGCCCCCCCCCCAACUUAGGUGUUCAUGAUAGAUUUUAAUUAGCUUUCUAUUGUGAGAUUUCUGCACAAAGUGCAUAUUUAGUUAAUAAAAAAUUUGACAUAGCUUUAAAAAAUGGCUUUGCUUUUGAUUUCUACUUACAAGUAUUCAGAUCAGAGAAAACCUUUUUGGUUUUUUUGUUUUGUUUUGUUUUCAUAUCUGGCAAUAAUGUCAGCUCAACUUUAAAAAUGUCUGAUGACCAGGUAAGGAAAAAAAAAAAAAAAGGAAGAAAUACCAGACUAGAAAUAUUUGCAAAUGGGUUUAAAAGACUGAUCCAAAUUCUACCUUCGGUUCCAAGUAUGUAGCUUUAUUUGCAUUUGGCUCCUCAGAAGAAUGGGGCAGGAAUUCCACAGGAGAGCCAGAAGUCAGCCUACACCUACUCAGACAUCAGCCUACACCCACCCAUAAAGCAGAACCCAUUCAGAGCCCGGGUCCUCCCCCGCCCCCCGCCCCUGUCUUCCCGCUGUGUUGCGUUCCAGCUUUAGAGUCCUGAGAUAAUGUCCAUUCUUGUCUCCGGUUCUUACUGUAUGAAGAUUUUGUCAUUGGCGUUGCCUCUCCUGUACAUAUUUAUUUAUUUGUGUCCAUGUCAGUUUGUUUCAGAUCUUAGCUUUCCAUUGCCCAGCUUUAUUUUUCCGUUAGAGAGACUGUAUUUUUUUUUUUUCUAGGAAAAAUUGCGAAACGGUUUUCUGUAGCAAUAUCUUUGAGGAUGGUGGACUUGAAGCAGCUGUGAGGGCAAACUAGGAUUAGUAGUGAGAAACUGCUAAGGCUGAUUUGCCGUUUUACUGAAAUGGAAAAUGAUCUUUCAAAUAAAUACUUACGUUGUUCAUGUUCCAAAUUA